UUGCGUUCCACCGUGGUUACGCCCCCAUACUGCACUGCGCAGCCGUAAGCAUGUCUACGCGAUCCAAGGUGGUCCUUGGAAUCUCGGUCCUCCUGUCCGGGGCCACGGUUAUUGGGGUCCACAUGAAGCAGAAGCUGGAUAGAGAGGUGGGUGUCAAGGACGCGAAUCCCGCGCCCUGCAACUCUCACUAUUUUGGCCCCUGUGGCUCUACGUACUUUAUAAAGGUCAUCUGGAUUGAGUAUUGAUGGGGAGGUGCAUGGUAUAGGCAUGGGGACACAGUGUGAAUCAGGACAACAAAGAGCACGCUUAUUGUAUUGGGUGAUUCAGGAUUGUCAUUAUGUGAUCAUUAUUAAAUAUUCAGUGAGUGCAUGGAUUCAUGGCCUGACUCUCUGAAUAACUAGUUAUAAUGAUUUAUUAUAUAUAUCAAGUAGUGAUAUGUUCUCUAACUCCAGGUGGGUUAAAGUGGGACAUGCAUUACAGGGUUACAGUGCCUGCAGAAAUAUAUUCUAAUUCUAAUAAUAUUUUUCUAUGAAAGUGUGUAUAUGGAUGAAAUUUUAAAUUGAAAAAUAAAAAAUUUAUACAAAUCAAAAAGAAAUAUAUUCUAAUCUACAGUAAUACAAUGUGAAAAUGUUUGUUUGGAACUCCAUUUACUUUUACAACGUAUCUUUGCACAAGUUACCACCACGUUCAAUGGGUUUAGGCCUUUCUGUUACUUUUGUUAACUGUAAGUGCUGAAACACCAAUGCAGAACUGUGCUAAAUUAUUUUUGUGACAUUGCCUUGUUACAGGUUGGACAUAUGUGUGUAAACGACUGUCUGGGCGUCAAGAACGCAUUGCAGUGUAUCUGCCCUGCCAAACUUAGCAUGCCACUUCUUAGAGCAGCAAUUAUUAAAUUAACACUAUAGGCAAUGUCUUGAAGUGGUUAUGUUACCUGGAGGGCCAGCUCAUGCUUCACUGCUUAAAAAAAAAAAAAAAGAAGCUUACUCCUUGUUUAGUUGAUAUUCUUGGUCCCCACAGUCCGAAGCCCAGUCUCCGAUAACAAAAUAGCAGAGGUAUGCUACCUCCUCGUGCCAUAUCUCUUUAUGUCAUGGAUUGGGGCAGUGGUUGGCUGAGAAAAAGGCUCAGCUGACACUCUAGCCUGGAUUCAGUUGUCCUGUUCUCUUUAAAAGAACUCUAUAGUGUUAGGAAUAUAAAGCUGUAUUCCUAACACUAUAGCAACUCGCCACCCGCCCCCCCAACACUUUUUUUCAGCUACCUGAUUCCAGUGCUGAUGUCCCUCGGCGCUGGGUUGAGCUCCUCCUCCGCCAACGUCAGUGAUUGGGGGUAACCUAAUGCACAUUAGGCCUUUCCCCAUAGGAAAUCAUUGACUCAGUAUUUUACUAUGGUUUUGUUUUGUUUUUUUGUUUUUUUAACACGUUGAAGGUCUUCAUGUCCAGCGUCACUUCACGGCAUCAAAUUGCAGGUAGCCACUAGAGGCAGUCUAAACACUGCUAUGUAAACUUUGCAGUUUCUCUAAAACUACAAUGUUUUACAUUGCAGGACUAAGGAAUGAAGUUGUCUGGAUUCCUAAAGUGUCCCUUUAAGCCUCCUUUUUUUGUUGUUGUAAAGAAACUGCAUCUCCAGUGCCUGUUUUCCUGGCAGCCACUAAUGGCGCUUCUGUGGCCCUGACCAAGUAAAACUGUCAGAUGACAUGGAAGUAAACAUAGGAAAGCCUUUAUACAGUGCUUUCCGUAGGGGAAGCUCAAAAGUGUGCAUAGUGCUCGCAUGCAUGCGCAUAAGGUCCUUCAAGCUCCAGUUGGAGCAUUGGUUGGCCCAUCGCUGACGUUGCAAGAGGAAGCUAGGUAAACAGCGCAGAGGGGGCCUCGGUACUAUAAAAAGUUAAGUAAAAGGCAUUAAUUUAUUAAAAUUAAUUGGAAAAAGGGAGAAUGGCUCUAUAACUAAACUAAAGGAUUAGGACUAAAGACUUCUGUUCCUUUAAAGGACCACUCUAGGCACCCAGACCACUUCAGCUUAAUGAAGUGGUCUGGGUGCCAGGUCCAGCUAGGGUUAACCCAUUUUUUAAUAAACAUAGCAGUUUCAGAGAAACUGCUAUGUUUAUGAAUGGGUUAAGCCUUCCCCCUAAUCCUCUAGUAGCUGUCUCAUUGACAGCCACUAGAGGCGCUUGCGUGCUUCUCACUGUGAUUUUCACAGUGAGAGCACGCCAGCGUCCAUAGGAAAGCAUUGUAAAUGCUUUCCUAUGCGACCGGCUGAAUGCGCGCGCAGCACUUGCCGCGCGUGCGCAUUCAGCCGACGGGGCGGAACGAAGGAGGAGAGCUCUCCGCCCAGCGCUGGAAAAAGGUACGUUUUACCCCUUUUCCCCUUUCCAGAGCCGGGCGGGAGGGGUUCCCUGAGGGUGGGGGCACCCUCAGGGCACUAUCGUGCCAGGAAAACGAGUAUGUUUUCCUGGCACUAUAGUGGUCCUUUAAGGUGCAAUACAAUUAAAGGACCACUAUAGUGCCCUGAGGGUGCCCCCACCCUCAGGGUCCCACUCCCGCCGAGCUGGAUGGAGAAGAAGGGGUUAAACACUUACCAAUCUCCAGUGCCGGGCUCCCUCGGUUCUGGAGACUCUCCUCCUCCUUUCCCCGUCAUCGGCUGAAUGCGCAUGCUCAAUGCUUUCCUAUGGACGCUGGCAUCUUCUCACUGUGAAAAUCACAGUGGGAAGCGCCUCUAGCGGCUGUUAAUGAGACUGAAACUGCUAUGUUUACAGCAGAAAGGGUUAAUCCUAGGUGGACCUGGCACCCAGACCACUUCAUUAAGCUGAAGUGGUCUGGGUGCCUAUAGUGGUCCUUUAAUCUUCUAUCAUUUUGCCAAACUCUUUAAUUAGUAUCAGAGGGUAUACUUGUUAUUCUGGAUGAGGGAGCAUUCAAAGUCAGCUUUAAACUUCAAACAAAAUAAGUCAAUAGCAUUUUACCUCCAUUCCUUCCAACCUUGCAAAUACCCACAAGCUAAUGUUUCUUUAACUUUGGAGAGCAAUACAAACCAACAUUUGCACAUAAAUCCUGCUUUAUGUUUUAAAUUCACCUCUUUUGCUCCAACAGUAAUCUUCAUCAUGAAUAGAUGCUCAUUUAGUUUAAUAUUCUUCAUUCUGCCACCCUGUAUCUUUUCAGAGAAACUAAAUGGCAUCCAAAGGUGAAACUACAUGGUUACAUUCCACCGUGGCGUAGUGAUUAUGGUGCCAGGAGUGGCCUGGCACUUAGAAUUUUCCUGGGGUCCAGACAUGUCAGUGACCCCCAGCUUCAAGAGCCGGAUGCUCCCUUCUCUGAGCUAGCUACCUAGGGUUUAGUUUAGUGGCUGACAGCAGUCAACUGACGCUCUCAGCCAAUGAGCUUAGGACCGCUAACAGAAGCUCUUUGCCGGAGCUUCCUGCUCUCAGUGGAAGAAAAGACUGGCUCCUGAUGGACCACAAUGAUGUAUUAAAUUUUCUAUUGAAUUUUAUUUUUACUAUAAUUCAAAACCACAACAGUUACUAAAUAAAAUUUGUAGACAUGACAAUAUAAAUGCAUUUGUAAAAAAAAAAAUAAUUGUAAAAUUUGUUUAACUGUCCAACUUUUUGGUUUUCAGAGACUACGUGAGGGUGUUUAUCGGGACAUUGAAAGACAGAAUCGUAAACAGGAAAACCUCCGCCUCUUAGAGGAACAGAUUAAUUUGACCAGACAGCUUGAGGCUCAACGUGACAAAAUGAUCUUAAUUGAAAGGCCGAACAAAUCUUAAAAAUUACAGAAGCUGGGAUGUUAAAAAAAUUCAACAUUAUUGCAAAUGUUUACCUAAGUUUCAACAUCAUCCAACCUUUUAUUUUUAUAUGUAUAUAUAUUUUUUUCAGUUCAUUUCUCUUCAUUUAAGGAACUUUGCAUAUUGGACAACUGCACCAUAAUCUUUAGUUCAAUGCUAUACUAGAUUUGACUCUAGAGCAUGCUCAUGGUCUCUUAGAGUCUAAUGUUGUAAACUGCUAGGUACAUUGAUAUUGGUUUCUUGAAGGACUAGUUGGUAUUUUUCUGUGUGAGAUGGAUGCCCAUAUGACUCAUGUUGAUGAUGAUGCCACAAGGACGUCCACCUCUGAAGGCUUGGAAGAGGGAGAGGUGGAAGGAGAGACACUCUUAUUAGUGGAAUCAGAAGACCAAGCAUCUAUUGAUCUGUCUCAUGAUCAGAGUGGUGACUCCUUAAACAGUGAUGUUGGUGAUGAGGUGGACUCGCCAUGGUUGGAAGAAAUGCCAUUUUAUUGUGAGAAAUGUCAAAAAUGGAUUCCAGCAAGUAAGUACUUUGUAGCCUGUAAGGAAUACAUAUUCCAUAUAGUUGUUUCCAUGCUGGUAAAUUUGUGAAAGUAGGGGCUCGCUAAUGUGCAUGCACAGCUUUUCCUCAACCAUGGUUCAAGAUUUUCACUAGCCAUUGGCAAGGGAAAAUUUAGACCUGAAGAGUGCUGUGGCUUCCAAUGGUGAGUAGUUUUUAAAGCAACACUAGAAGCAACCAUACAACUUUAGCUUAAUGAAGUGGUUUUAGUAUAUAGAUCAGAGCUCCUCAAACUCCGGGCCCCCAGAUGUUGCUGAACUACAACUCCCAUGAUUCUUUGAAUUACAUAGAUAGCCAGAGAAUCAUGGGAGUUGUAGUUCAGCAACAUCUGGGGGGCCGGAGUUUGAGGACCCCUGAUAUAGAUCAUGUACCUGCAGUUUCACUACUCAAAUCUGACAGUUAAAUUACUUUGUUUAUGCAGCCUUAGUCACACCUCCCCUGCAUGUGAAAUGCACAGUCUCCCUACAUAUUUCCUGUAGAGAGGAAUCUAAUCUUAAAUUAUAUGUUCCUUUAUCGAACAUUCUAUUUAAUUUAGAAUAUGUGAUCUCCUUCCGAAAGCCCUAUUAACACUGCAGGAAAUACAAACUUAUAAAAUAGAUGCUGUGAUUGAGAAUUAAACUUUUUUUAUUUUUACUUUUUUAAAUUUAUUUUUUUAUGCAGGCUGUAUGAGUCAAAGCCAGAGGAGGUGUGGCUAGGACUGUAUAAACAGAAACAAAACCACUCCUAUAUGGCAGAUAAUUGGGCAGUGAUACUCCAGGGGCAUGAUCUAUACACUAAAACUGCUUCUAUAAGCUAAGUUAUUUUGAUGCUUAGAGUAUUCAUUUAAGACUGGUUAGUAGCAAGUGACCAUUUUAACCCCUUAUUACAAUGAAUCUGAUUUGAACACGAAUUACGUACAUGAGGUUCAGGCUUAUAUCUCUUGAAAAAGAACUGCCUUGGUUUCUGUAAAACAAUAUGAACGAUGAAAGUCAUCUACACAUCAUCACAUUAUCUCAAGGGUCCUUAGUGAUGGCUGUGUAUGUCUUUUUGCUGAUGAUACUAAGAUAUGUAACAGGGUUGAUGUUCCUGGAGGGAUAAGCCAAAUGGCAAAUGAUUUAGGUAAACUAGAAAAAUGGCCAGAUUUGUGGCAACUGACAUUUAAUGUGGAUAAGUGCAAGAUAAUGCAUCUUGGAUGUAAAAACCCAAGGGCAGAGUACGGAAUAUUUGAUAGAGUCCUAACCUCAACAUAUGAAGAAAGGGAUUUAGGGUGAUUAUUUCUGAUGACUUAAAGGUAGGCAGACAAUGUAAUAGAGCAGCAGGAAAUGCUAGCAGAAUGCUUGGUUGUAUAGUGAGAGGUAUUAGCAGUAGAAAGAGGGAAGUGCUCAUGCCAUUGUACAGAACACUGGUGAGACCUCACUUGGAGUAUUGUACACAGUACUGGAGACCGUAUCUUCAGAAGGAUAUUGAUACUUUGGAGAGACCUCAGAGAAGGCCUACUAAACUGGUUCAUGGAUUGCAGGAUAAAACUUACAAGGAAAGGUUAAAGGAUCUUAACAUGUAUAGCUUGGAGGAAAGAUGAGACGGGGGAUAUGAUAGAAACAUUUAAAUACAUAAAGGGAAUCAACACAGUGAAGGAGGAGACUAUAUUUAAAAGAAGAAAAACUACCACAACAAGAGGACAUAGUCUUAAAUAAGAGGGGCAAAUGUUUAUAAAUAUCAGGAAGUAUUACUUUACUGAGAGGGUAGUGGAUGCAUGGAAUAGUCUUCCAGCUGAAGUGGUAGAGGUUAAUACAGUAAAGGGGUUUAACCCCUUAAGGACACAUGACAUGUGUGACAUGUCAUGAUUCCUUUUUAUUCCAGAAGUUUGGUCCUUAAGGGGUUAAGCAUAUGUGGGACAGGCAUAAGGCUAUCCUAACUAUAAGAUAAGGCCAGGGACUAAUGAAAGUAUUUAGAAAAUUGGGCAGACUAGAUGGGCUAAAUGGUUCUUAUCUGCUGUCACAUUCUAUGUUUCUAUGUAAUUUUCAUAUGUUAAAGUGGCCGACUUUUAUUCUGCAGUACAUUUUUGUUUGGGUAAAUUGGUUUUAAAAAGCAGACAUCAAGGCGUGAAUGAUGCGGUCAACUUUUGGUAGGUAUACAAAUGUAGAAUUUUUAAGUUUUACUUUGCUGAAACGUGUUUCCUCCUUAUUAAAUGUGGCUGGCACAGUGGGGCAUAUAUUAAUUUCAAACUGAAUUGCUGGAACCUGGUGGUUUGAAGGAUUAGCCAGAGUUUAAUAUCUGCAUUCAAGAGUUCUAUUGGUCUAUAGCUUCCGCAGAAUUCUUGGUUCUUCCCCUCUUUUGGUAGUUAGUGAUGUGAGCGGCUAUAGAGUCCACCUGGUGUAAGAUUAAGAGCCUUUGUGAAUUUAGGAAUCAAAGUUGCUCCGAAUGUCUUAUAGUAGCCUAAUGUUAGGCCCUGGUGCCCUACCUGUGUGUGUGCGCAUUUUAUCAACCCCAGUAUUUUAUAUUUCCAUUAAAUGUACCAAAAUUAAACACUUUUGAGCCUCUCAUAAAGUUAAUGUCAAUAUUCCCGAUGUCUCGUUAAGAGUCUAGGGCUUGUGUGGUCUGAGUAAGGACACCAGCAUCUUGCAAAAGUGUUUCAUUAAGUUUCCACGACUACUCCUUUAGGCUUAUAAAGGGGAGUCUAGUACUAGCUGAAUCUGACUGUGGUCCGACCAUAUAGUGGUAUAAAUCUGCCAAUUGGAGGUUUGGGAGUUGCUCUUGUUGAACAAACAGUCGAUCCGGGUGUAGUGUUCAUGGAGGACCAAGUAGUGAGUAUAGUCCCAACAAUCUGGUGUAACGGUAGUCACCAUUACCAUGAUCAUAAGAAAGAAACUUUAUAUAAGUCCCCGGAUUAUACUUAUGUUCUAGUCCCUACAAGUAUGUUAAUAUCAUAAAUAUGUUCCUGUAUUUUUCCCCAUUUGAUUUGGUUAUUUGUAUUCAAGUUUGUAACCGUAAGUUUGAUGUAAUGCACAUAUGGGCUGAUCCUGAGUUAAAAUAAAGCAUUGUGUUAGUUCCAUUUGGGAACUGUGUGUCCUGGUUGGUUUAUUCAGAGAUCCCAGUAACAGUCUUGUGACCUCUUGGCUAUCUGCUUUGGUCCCUUAUUCCUGGGACAAGUUAAAAAGAGCUGGGCUUGAGAGGCAAGUAGCUGGUCACAGUGUAGACAAAGGAAUGGAUACCUGCCUGGGAGAGGAGCUGAAGAGGCAAAAGCAGGAUUAAUAAUACUUGCAUGGAAAGAGAGAACUACAGCUUGGUCCAGGGUGGAAAAAAGUCCCCAGUCAAGCUUUGGCAACGGGUGCUGAAGCGUUCCACAAUCCCUGAUAGCAGCUAGGUAGGACGACGGAGGUACUCAGUCGGAGUACAGGAGCUCCGUACACCUGGGUUCAACACUCUAUAACUAUUCACAAAGUGCAUGGCCCUUAAAACCUCUAUCAUUCUAACACCUAAUUGAGGUACACACUAUGGUGCACCAAAGAAUCUAAGAGGUACUUUGAAAACUCUUAUCAGGGUGCAUAUUGCAAUGUUCUGUAACAGUACGCUUGAGGAAGAUGUACCUGCCCUCUGGUUCCCAGAUGCACACCUCCUGAAAGUCCAGGUGUGUAGACAUAAGUACCGCCACCCCUGCCCUUUUGGGUUGUUUUUGCAAAGGAGCAUAAUGGAAAGGAAUUAUCUUGCAGAGUAGGUGUUAAAACUUCCUUAAAAUUUGUUUCCUGAAGAAAUGGUACCUUUUGCUUUGUUUGAAUGGUAUAGUACUGCGCUAUCUGUAAACAAGCUGCCUCUGGGCUGCUCCACUCACCUGUGUAAUUUUCUACUUUUACUUUGUUGAUAAAGUUCUCAUAGUAAUGUAGAUCUGAAUUCUGUAAUAUUUCAACUGGCAGUUGAGGGAGAGGAUACCCAAGGCGUCCUACCAGCAUGCCAUGUUGCUGCGACCCCCGGUAGUGGGACCCCUGUUCUUUACACACCACCUCCUAUGCUACUCUACUCGCUGUUAAGCAUCGGGAAUGUGAGGGUGGAAUGUUCUCCUGAUGCCUCCAAAGAGAUGGAAGACGAGGGCUCCAUUUUUUUGCUAUGCGCUCUGUCUCAGAGACCUGCUGAUGUGCUUAAAGAAUUGUCCUUCGGGCCAGACCCCUAGGGUCUUCUGUCUCUGCUUUCAAAUGCUGCCUACAGGGCUUCAGUAAGCAGAGCUUCUCUUUGAGGUUGCCAGCUUGCUCUGUGUCCAGGCCAUGCCCCCACAACUAUUUAUUUAUUAAAAUUAUUUUUCUACUUUCUGCUUUUAUUUUUAAAUGACAUAAAUAUAAUGCAUCCAAACAGGAGAGUAUUGCAAAUUUAAGGUAUUUGUCACAUUCAAUAUAUUCUGUACCCCAAGUCUAGGGUUUAGCACCAUUUUUAAAGCAACAGUAUACAAGCUUCGAUAGGCAUAUUGCAUAGUGUAGGUACAACAAAAUAAACCAUGGUAAUUCAGUAUAUGGCUGGGUGGAGACAUAAAAUAGAUCAACAGGCUAAGUAGUUACAUCAAACUGUUGAUUGGGACAUAUAUCAAGCAAGAGUUGUAAGUUUGGAUUUUUGACAUGUCAUGUACAGUCGAGUAGUGGUGCUACAUAACAACCUUUGUAGUCAUAGUGGGUCGGACUUUGAGGUCCCCCAAUGUCACCGUAAACCCGCAUUACAAGGUAUGCAUAGGGUUAAAGGACCACUAUAAUGCCAGGAAAACAUACUCGUUUUCCUGGCACUAUAGUGCCCUGAGGGUGCCCCCACCCUCAGGGACCCCCUCCCGCCGGGCUCUGGAGAGAGGAAGGGGUUAAACACUUACCUUUCUCCAGCGGGGCGGGGAGCUGUACCCUCCCUCUCUCUCCGCUCGCUUGAAUGCGCGAUGCGAUGGGACCGAUUCAUUCAUCGCCGUCGCAUAGGAUAGGAAAUACUUUACUGCUUUCCUAUGGACGCUAUGCUUUCUCACUGUGAUUUUCACAGUGAGAGAAGCAUAGCGCCUCUAGCGGCUGUCAUUGAGACAGCCACUAGAGGCUCUGGAGGCUGGAUUAACCCUCAGUAUAAACAUAGCAGUUUCUCUGAAACUGCUAUGUUUAUAAAAAAAAAAGGGUUAAUCCUAGAGGGACUUGGCACCCAGACCACUUCAUAAAGCUGAAGUGGUCUGGGUGCCUAGAGUGGUCCUUUAAUAAAACAAGAGAAAAUAACAGGAAAAAACACAUCAGUUUUGAAUGUGAGCAUAUAACUUGUGAGAUAUGUUAGCUUGUGUUCAUUCAGCCGAUCCCUAGGCUCGGGAAAUGCAUAGUUGUUGUAAGGAGGCUACUGGAGAUACAGGCAUAGCGGGAGUAAGACCAGGCAUCCUUUCAGCCUCAGGUCCAAAUUGAGGCUGGCAUCUGCAUGCCACAGACUCAGUCUUAAGAAGUCCAUGUCCUUACCCAUUUGUGGGGGGGCAGAAGGCUUUGGUGAUACUGUAUCGCCGACAGCGGAUAGCCCUUUGUCUGCAUGGGCGAUGCUUCAGGGUCUUGCCCUUGGUGGCCUUCGGCCUAGAUAGGCAUGUAGAAGAGUGAACAGUAUUCAUAGGAUAAGAUUUGCCUGUAGGAGGAUCACUGGCCCCCUAUUCUACCUAUCCGAUUGUCCAAUGUUGCCCAGAAGCAGGUGAAGAUUUCAUCCAGUUUAUUUAGAGACCGCUCUAAUGAGUAAUGGAGAGCGCCCUCAGGCUGUAUAGGUGAGUUGUUAGGAAAUGUUACGUACGCCAUCUUAGAGUGAGCCUCCGUGUUCAGGUGAAAGCUUCAGCAGGUCUCCGGGAUUAGUGCAGUUAUGCGACACAGGGGCACCACGAGCUGUUGUAGCACAGACCAGGAUAACCCCCACCGGUCCAAGGGGGGUGGACACAGGACUCAGCCGCAAUUCAUCCCGCAGGAUCCCAUCGGAGAGGUAGGCCACACUAGGCCUCAAGAUAGACAGUACGGAGCACCGCCGCAACAAGCUAACGUAAACUUCACUGGUACAAGCACCUUUAGGGAUCCUGUCCCAUCUCAUCUUAUCAGAUCUUUCUCCCCCUGUCUUGUGCCUUCCUUAGAACACAUCUUCAACUGCUCUCUCUCUCUUCUGGAGUUGUCCCUGCUGACCUUAAACAUGCCACUGUAGCAUUAGGGUGAGGUAUUAGAUUCUAAAAGUUAUCCAGGAGUAAUAUAGGAUAUAUACCUAAUUUGAUAAAACCUAUGUGAAUUGGUUUGUAAAUCAAUAUUCUUUAAAGAUCAAUACUCAUAAAAAAAAUCAAUGCUUAUCUACAUUAGCAUUCACAAUUAUUAUGCCAUUUGGUAACCUUAUUUGGUAUGAAGUAUUAAAAGUUCUGGUCAAUAGAAUAAAUCUAGUGUUAUAAAAAGAGUCGUUUUAAAGUCCACAAUAGUUGCAACUUGUAUAAUAUUUACUGGAUAAAAAUUGUAUAAAUAGUCCUUUCAAAUGUUAGCUGAUAGCAGUUAUCUUCAGUUACUAUGUAAACUGGGGUAUAUCUGCUAAACAAGCGUUUUGAUAUAGAACAUAAUCAAUAGAAUUCUUCUUCAGAUGAUGUUUCUUUAUGAUUUGUACACUGCUUUCAUCUGUAAAAAAUACUUAAAGAUCAUAUAUGGGGAUCUCAAGUGUUAAAAUAUCCUCAAUCUAUGGGAAGAUAAACCAGAAACCCAUAGUGUUUUCUGUAUAAAAGAAUUUUAUUUCAAGGUAAAUAUUAAAAUCGCACUCACAGUCUGUACCAAGAGGGUAUGGAAACGCUGUUGGUGGUUAGGGGUAGUGUGGUAUGGGUCCUGCAGUCCGGCCGGUUGGUUAAGAGACACUGCCUGGAGCCACAUAGGUUUUAUCAAAUUAUGUAUAUAUCCUAUAUUACUCCUGGAUAACUAUUAGAAUCUAUCUAAUACCUCACCCUAAUCUUGCAAUUUGGGGUUACCUGGUGGGAACCCUAUCUUGUCCUGUCAGAGUAAUAUCUCUACCCACACUAUUUGCCCAUAUUUGUGUGACUCUUAUCUCUACUAUUACUGUUAAUGCCUAUCCUGAAAAAAAACAUCUCUUGACCCUGUCUCGGUUGGAGUCCCCCAGAGCUCUGUACUUCGUCCCCUUCUAUUUUCUUUUUAUACUGCCUCUCUUGGCAAAUGUAUUACCUAAUUUGGAUUCCUCUACCACCUGUACGCUGAUGACACCCAGAUAUAUCUCUCCUCCCCAGAGCUCUCCUGCCGUACUGCAACGUGUCACUGCUUGCCUUUCUUCCAUCUCUGACUGGAUGUCCUCCUGCUUUCUGAAACUCAGUCUUUCUAAAACUGAGCUCCUUGUCUUUCCUCCUCCUAAUACUAAUCCUCCUCUUUCACUCUCCCUUCAAGUUAGUGGUAUCCACAAGUCCAUCCUUGCAAGCUCACUGUCUUGACGUUAAACUUGAUUCUGGCUUCACCUUUGAGCCUCACAUCCAGUAUGUGGCCAAAUCCUGUAGAUUCCAUCUAAAAAACAUAGCCCGUAUCUGCCCCUUUUGUAAAGGUCCACUAUAGGCACCCAGACCACUUCAGCUCAAUGAAGUGGUCUUGGUGCAAGGUCCCUCUAGUUUUAACCCUCCAACUGAAAACAUAGCAGUUUCAGAGAAACUAUGUUUACACUGAGGGUUAAUCCAGCCUCUAGUGGCUGUCUCCCUAACAGCCACUAGAGGCCGCUUCUUCGAUUCUCACUGUGAAAAUCACAGUGAGAAGACGAUGGACGUACAUAGGAAAGCAUUUAGUAAUGUUUUCCUAUGGGAGGUUUGAAUGCGCGCGCGGCUCUUGCCAUGCAUGCGCAUUCGGCGCUGACGUUGACAGGAGGAGGAGGAGGAGAGGUCACCAGCAUCGAUGGAGCCCGGUGCUGGAGAAAGGAAAGUGGCUGAAGGGGUUUUAGCCCCUUCAGCCCAGCGGGAGGAGGGCCCUGAGGGUGGGGGGGGGACCUAAUAACCCUAUAGUGCCAGGAAAACGAGUUUGUUUUCUUGGCACUAUAGUGGUCCUUUAAGCAAGAUGCUACCAAGGAGCUUGUCUAUGCUCUAGUAAUUUCCCGCUUAGAUUAUUGUAACCCUUUCCUAAUUGGUCUAACCAAAAGUCAUAUUGCCCCGCUACAGUCUAAUGAAUGCUGCCACCAGACUAAUUUUCCUCUCUAGUCGGUCCUCUCACCCCUCUGCCAGUCCUUAUAUUUGCUUCCUGUACCCUAUAGGAGUCAAUUAAAGGGCUAACCCAUAUCUAUAAAGCACUGAACAAUUCUAGCCCCUCUUAUAUCUCUUCACAGAUCUAUAAGUAUGCCCCUUCUCGGUCUCUCCGCUCUGCCUGUGACCUUCUCCAAUCCGCUGCUCGCACCCCUAUGGCCAACUCACGCUUGCAGGACUUCUCGCGGGCGACUCCCUUCCUAUGGAAUAGCCUGCCUACCGCCAUCAGACUCUGCCUUAGUCUUCAAUCAAUUAAGAAGUCCCUUAAAACCUAUCUCUUUAGGAAAGCUUAUGGCAGGGGUGGGGGCCGGAUAGUGUUUUUUUUCUUUUUUUUUUUUUUUUUUUACAGUGACAUGCCCCUACUUGUUGUAUAGCGUGUAGGAGCAUUUGGGAGAUUUUAAGUGAGGGAGGACAUGGGGGGCUUAUGAAGUGGUGGGGAGCACUGCUCCCUGCCGCUUAUAUUUUUACAUAUUACAAGGAGGGAGCUGCACGCUGGUAGCUCCCUCCUUGUAAUAAACUAAACGAACACUGAUGCUCAGUGUUUUUGUUCGUCUGAAAUAUCCAUUCAUUCAUUCGUCUUUCUGACGAAUGAAUGAAUAGAUGAAAUUCCCAUUCGCAUACCCAAGUGUUUCACUGGGCAUGUGCGGGAAUCUCCGUGCUAUCUAUUGUGGGCAGAUGACGUGUCCCGCAGGGACUUCCUCUACCCACACAAAGAUGGCGGCGCCCUGAAUAUAGAUUGGGGCAGAAAAUAAAGAUUAAAAAUAGGUAAUAUGGGGUGCUUAGGGGCAUUUGGGGGUGACUAGGGCGCCAGAUGUAGUGGAGGCGGGAGGGGGGUUAAAAAAAUAAAAGAUUCGGCCAUGACAGUGCCGCUUUAAGUUCUUUCAGCUUUUGCAAUGUCAUUAUUUUAAUAUGUUCUGUUUUUCAGAUACAAGUGUCAUUGUAGACAGUCAAUUAUUAUAUUCUGUAGUAAUAUCAGAGGGAAUUGGGGUCACAUCUGAAACAUUCAGUUUACAGGAAUGGUGCUGCCUUAAAGACCAAAAUGCAUACAUAAUACAGAUUAAGGAAAACCACACACAUAAAAUAGAUUUUUACAUUUUAUUAGGUUACUUAAAAUCACCUAUCUCAACAAACAAAUAUGGGGAUUCAGUUACACUAUAUGGCCAUAUUGUGUUAAACCCACCGCUACUUCACAGUACAACAAUAUCGGUGGGUCCUACAUGAAUUCCAAUGUUGGAGACAAAUAUUGCUAAAUAAGAUAAUGUAUAUUUAAAUAAUCUGUUGUUAGAGCAUUGUGAAUAUAUAUAUAUAUAUAUAUAUAUAUAUUGCAAAAUUAAUGUGACAAACAUAAUUUAAAAAAAAUGGAAUGUCAUAACUAAAUAAAGUGAUUGUGCUUUUAUGUAUAUACUACCAAUGCAUGUCAUAUAUUUGCUCUAUACCAACUGAAAAUUAGAAUUAAAGUAAUAUUACUACCCAAAAUCUCCCCAAAUUUAUAUCUUCCUAUGGUCCACCUCCAAAGGGACACCUGAAUCUGGGGCCAUAUGGUGAACGUGAAUCCUCAUAUUUGUUUGCUGUUAUAGGGGAUUUUAAAUAGGAUUAUACAAUUUUAAAUUGUAUUUUUACAUGUGCGAUGAUUCUAAAACAGUGAGAAGAUAGGAAUAUGGACCUUAUUGGCUAGUAUGGCAACAAUGACCACUAAUUUCUUAGGCCCAAUAACUCUAUCACUUUCGGGCCAGUAUGUGGCCACGAUAUAUCUAGGCCAAUUGCAUGUUAAUUGGACAAAACUUAAAAAGUAGACUGCAAUAGUAGAAAAUGCUCUAUUCGUUAGUACUGAUUAAACAUGUUGUGCUUCCUGCUGUCCCAAUAGUUAUAGUUUAGGUAUUUAAAAGUGUUGAAUUUAUUCUGUCCUUUUCCCUCAGACUGUCAUUACUUAUCUAUACAAUGUGUUUCUUGUUUAAAAAGAUAUGUUUGUAAUGUUUAUUUCCCUUAAACAUUUAGUAUUUAUAUCCUUCUGAACCUGCUAAAAACUGUUACCUUGUGUUGCUCUGACACAUAACAAAUGCCUGAUUGUUAGAAGUCCCUUAAUUUGUAAAUGCAUCUUAAACAAUUGCAAUAAACCUUGUCACACUGUGGUGGCAUUUUAAUUAUUUUUCACGCAUGUUCUAAACAAAUACAAUCUUUGUGUUUUCAGUCCAGCUCAGAGGAGAUCAACCAAGUUAUUUGAAAGGCGAUAACUUUUUCAAAUUCAUGUGCUCUGCCUGUUCAGAAGAUGGCAAAGAACAGUUUGAGCGGUUAAAAUUAACCUGGCAGCAGGUAAGCAGCAGAAUACCGAUAUGUAUGUACAUAAACGCUACGGAAUCUGUUGGCGCUAUAUAAAUGGCAAUAAUAAUAAUGCUAUCUCUGUCUUAACUGAUUUGCACCUCAACUCCUUUGUCCUGUCUCCAAAUCAUUAUUAGAUUUAUUUAACGUAACUGCUGUAAAUCGUCAAUGCCCUUUUUUGCCGGUCCCUCCACUGAACCCCAUCAACAGCUUACAGGAUUAUUCACUGAAGUGAGCGUUCUGAGUGGAUUCAAAGUGAAUUUCAAAUUUAAGGUCAAUACAGCCUAACUGGGAAAAUUCUCUGUCAGCUAUGCUUUUAGUUCAGCUAUUCUGGUCUCAAGUUUGAAAUUCACUUUGAAUUCUCAACCUAAGCUGUCUCUUUGUGUGCGUGACUUUAUUUUAUAUGUCCUCCAUUAUCACAUCUCCGAUGCUGCGCCUAUCCGGUGGUAGCCCCUUCCUCACUCUGACAAGCCCCUUCCACGGAUUCCAUUGUUUUAAAUACUCUCUAAAAACUCACCUGUCCAGUGAAACGUGUCACUUAGCUGCAAUGCAAAUCACAAGUACAUUUUCCUAGUUGGCUUCUUCUUUAUACAUUUAGUUUCUUAUAUGAAUCUCCCUUCACAAAUGUAUCUUUCUCUUCAGUGCAGUCACAUAACCUGCCCCGCUUCCACUAAACUUGUAAAAUCGUGUAGUUUUCCUCUUCAGCUGAGUUCCAUAACUUUGGUGUGCUUUUAGAGCGUUCUUUUCUACUUUUAAAAAAUUCUCAUGUGGUUGAUGUUAAUAAUACAUUUUGUGUUAAGGAGCAUCUUAGAUUCCCAUGCCUGAUAGAUUCUGGUUCAGAUCAGAUCAAAUCUUCCUCUGAUAUCUGGUUCAAGACAGGCAAACUUGUAGCUGCAUCAGGUUUUGAGAGUCUCUGCACUGAUAAACAACUGUCCUGUUUUAGGUUGUCAUGCUGGCUAUGUACAAUCUGUCUCUGGAAGGAACGGGUCGAAUGGGUUACUUUCGAUGGAAGGAAGACAUUUGUUCUUUCAUUGAGAAACACUGGACGUUUCUUCUGGGAAGUCGGUAAGUCUAAGAUGGACCUUAAUGUGGAAACUCACAUCAUUCUCUCUUUAACCUUCUCGGUCCUGACUGGAUGUUAAACACCUUUCUUAUGCAAUCUCAUCUGACUCUCAUAGGGUCAAUCUAUGAUAGAUAAUUCUAUUCCAGUCUUUUUAAUCCUCUGAUUUGGUAUCCAUCCUACCUUAAAGGGACACUAUAGUCACCCAGUCCGCUUCAUCUCAUUUAAGUGGUCUGGAUGCAGUGUCCCUGUUCCCCUUAGUCCUGCAAUGUUAACCAUUGCAGCUUUAAAUAAACUUCAAUAAUUACUUUGCUAAGACUACCUCUAAUGACUACCUAUUCUCCCCUUCCCUCCCCACCCAUGGGUGACACAUGGAGGCUAAAUAAAAUCGGUGAUUUCCCCGCCCCCCACCCCCUGUUUAAAUUUUUUUUAUUUAGGGCUACCACCCACCGCUCAUGGGUGGGAAACGGGGCGGCGGGGAGGACGAAAGGUAUCCCCUCACUGUUCAGUGCUGCUCACUGUUUAGUAUACAUUCCCCUACUCGCGGCAUAGUGAGUAGGGGCAUUCGGGAGAUUUUAAUCUCCCUUAUGCCAAGUCAUAUUGACCCCCAUAGAGUGAGGACGGACAUGGGGGGGCUUAGGAAGUGGCAGUGGGCACUGCUCCCUGCUGCUUCUAUUUUUACAUAUUACAAGGACGGAGCUGUAAUAAACCGAAUGAAGAGAUCUCCCUCCUUGUAAUAAACUGAACAAACAAAGAGGAAUAAACCGAACGAACGAAGAGAAAAUUAGUUUGAAAUUUCUUUUCAUUUAUUCGUUUUUCUGACGAAUUAAUGAAUAGAUUAAAUUCCCGUUCGCAUGCCCAAGUGUUUAACUGGGCAUGCGCAGGAAUUUCACCACACUAUCUAGUGUGGGCAGAUGACGUGUCCAACAGGGACUUCGUCUACCCACACAAAGAUAGGUCCGGGCAGAAAAUAAGGGGCAUUUGGGGUCACUAGGGGGACAAUUAGAUGUAGUGGAGUUGGGAAGGGUUUUUUUUUAAAGGGGGGGGUUUCAGCCAUGACAGUGCCGCUUUAAGUAUCAGUUGAUCAGGUAACUGUAGAAUCCCAAUGUGUCUGCUCAGCCAGAUAAAGAGGUUAAAUUUUCUCAAAUAAAUCAAUAUACAUAAUUUAUAAAAUAUCAAGUCUUGAAUAUAUUUAAUAAGCUUUAAAAACAAAACAAAAAAAACCCUUUCUAUUUUAACUGUACCCUCAUCAACUGCUGGUUUGAGCUUUGUGGAAAACGAACAAGUAAACUACAAUUCACAGAAACCCAACUGCUUAUCAUUUAGUACAGUAUAAUUGUUAAAUGAAGUGCACAUUUAAGUAUGAUGCCAUAACUUAAUAUGGAUUUGUGUGCAGAGUUUUUCCCUCCAGCUUUAGUGAGAGACUACCGAUUGGCUUAUGUUUUCUCAUAGACAGAUGAGUCUCUCGUAAGAGAUCACACAGUGACAAGAGACCUGUUCAGUGAAUUAUAUACAUACUGCAUUGGAAAAUGCUUGGUAGAAUUCACAGUAUAUCCUCUUUACUGUGAAUUUUUUUUCUUAGUUGUACCUGUAGAUGGGCUGCUAAGUUUCAGCACUACGGCAACACAUCUGUUGAUUUAUAUUGUUCAUAAAUAGUAGCCCUGCUUUACUCUACGGCCAUGCAAUAUCACUGUUGCACUUCUUCGUUCUGAAAGUGUAGAUCAUGAAACGAUAGACUGGAUCCUCUAUGACCAUCAGUGUUAAAAAAUAUUGUGUGUAUUGCAUGAGCAGACAAAUUAUUUUACUGCUAGGGAUACAGUGCGGAUAUUGGAAGGUAAUUAUAAAAUUCAAAGCUAAAAUUGCUGGCAGAAACAUUUUUAACUCCAUCAAAGUAAAUUUUUCUCAUUGUUUUACCCUUCUCUUGCGUUAAGGAACAUGUCAUCCAUAGAAUAUUCGUACCAAAUUAGAUAUUCUUUACUCUAUUACUUUAGGGUUUGUUUAGUUAUUUGUAAAAAAAAUUUGUUACUGCUCAACUUUUUGUUCACAUGCUCCUUCAAUUCAGGUUGCAGAAGAGUUUUUAAACUGUGUAAUGCCAUCUAUGUGUCUAUAACUAGGUCUAAAGCUUGAAUAUUAAUUGCUUUGUUCAAUGACCUCCAUCUGUCAUUGGUUAUUUCCUUCUCUUUCGCUCAGGAAGAAGACAUCUACUUGGUGGAGCACCGUGGCAGGGUGCCUGUCUGUAGGCAGUCCCUUGUUCUUCCGGUCUGGAGCUCAAGAAUUUGGGGAGCCAGGAUGGUGGAAGCUUGUCCACAAUAAACCCCCUAUUCUGAAACCUGAUGGAGAAAAGUACGUCACAACGGCUCAGAAGACAAAAGGUACAGUCAUUUCUUGGUACUAAGACGAUAAAGUCCAAAGGAUAUAAUCUUUGUUUUAGUGAACACCCUGUAUGGUAAGCUCUCUUGGGUAUCAUUCAUAUGUGAACAGGAACCUUUUCGGAAUUCUUGGCUCUUUCUAGUACAUCUUUUAACUGUUCUGUUAGUAUUCGUAGGUUUUCAUGUCUGCCUGCAAGUAGAGCAGUCUAAAUAUGAGAAGAGAUUGUUGGAAGUACAACCUAGAUUUGGCAACACUGUGUUAAUGCAGCCUGCUUAGUAAAGAGCACGAGCAGUGUGUGCCAUUCUAGCUUGAAGCAGAUAUUAAAACCUAAUAGCCAUGGCAGAUGAAUGGGGAAGGACUCCUAUACAAUUCUGCAUAAUAUUGAAGAUGAUUCUUUUAAUUUCAACUUGUGUAUUCCAUCCUAUGAACCGUAACAUCUCGAGUAGACAUUGUUUUGUGUUCAUAGCUGCAAGAAAUGAUUCAGGUUGGGUUUGCAUACCAACUACCAUUUUUUUUUUUGCUUUGUAAAAAAUCUUUGGUCUGUCUGCUGACUCUUGUAGCCACACCUUCUGGUACUGACUUGGUAUCACCUUCUUGUCCCUAAUUAAGACUAAUCGCUUUACUAAUAGAUUAAAAAGUCACAAUUUUGCAUCCAAGUCUCCCUGCUUGCACUUACAGGAAUAUAAACACCCAAGGUGAGCCCAGUUUGUUUCAGGCUUAUUUUUUUGUUUAAUGAGAUUUUUAUAUAAUAAAAGCAGUGCUUUAGUUUCUAUCUCCUAUUUGCUGCUGUGGACAACAUGGGUACGACUUCGGUAACACAAUGUAACAAUUAUAGUAAAUUUCACACAAAAUAGACCAAACAAUCUUUGUUCUUGGAGCACUUAGGAUCAGGUUGUAUAAAGGUGAGUUUUCAUUUCCUGUAUUCCAACAAUCAGGGUGUCCACAUAGUGGGGUCUUCAAUUAGCACCUAUUUAGCUUUGCUCCUGAAUAUCAGAAACAAAGAAGCUCUAUUUAUAACAAUGUUAGAGAUUUCUGUGACAGGUACAUAAAAGACUGGACAUAAUAAAAUAGUGACUUUGUGUACAGAUUAAAUAAUUCUUUAGAUCACAUUCAGGAUUUAAAAAUAUUUUAGAGCAAAAUGUAUAUUUCACCUAGAUUUCUAGCAUGUUGACAUUUUAAAUGUAUAUAAGGUAGGUUUGAUUUAUUUUAAUAACUGCAGGCACCAAGGUGCCAUAAUGCCCUUUAAAAAAACUUUAGAAAAAUCUACCCUUAUUUUUCUGCAUGCAUUUAUGUUUGCAUCAUAGCACCCAGACAAAAUCUUGCAUCAUAGCACCCAGGAACUUCACUUUUAACCCCUUAAGGACCAAACUUCUGGAAUAAAAGGGAAUCAUGACAUGUCACAUAUAUGUCAUGUGUCCUUAAGGGGUUAAAGUAAAACUGACCACACAGUUUGUGUGAAAAGUUCAUAUUCAAAUAGUUACAGAUGUAGUCUGUAGGGUGGUAAAUUCACCAGCAGGUGAAUAGAUAAAAAAAUAUACCUACCCAAAGUUUGCUUCCUCUACUCACACUAUAAUUCCAUUGAAUGGUAGGAGUGGCCGUUAAUACAUCCACUACCCCCCUAAUGACUCAAUAGGCAUCGCACAAUUCAUGGCUUCUCAUUGCUGUCUUGUCACUUGGAAGGCAGGCAUUUAAUUCAAUGCUCACAGCUUGCCAGCUGCACAGAAGUCCACCGAGAUAAAUCAUUAAGAUUAUGUACAGCUAAUAUAUAUACAAUGCUGGCAGUUUGAUUAGCACGAUUUAUAGAUUAAUUUAUUUUUUAGCCAUAGAGAGAGCAAAUCCAUGUUUAGAUUAAUUUUUAUAAUUAUGGGCACACAACACAUUGUUUCAUAAGAACGCGGUUUUCAAAGUGCCCGACAAGGCUUGUAUUACAUUCAGUCAUGUAGAUGCAUUGUGUCUCCAGUUCCUAUAAAACCCCUUCUGGAGCCUGUCAUCACUGUGGAAGGUCUCCGAAAGAGAGCAAGUCGAAACCCUGUGGAGUCUGCCAUUGAACUGAAGGAGAAAAGAUCACGCACUCAGGAAGCCAAGGACAUAAGAAGAGCUCAGAAAGAGGCUGCAGGCUAUGCCGACCGCAGCACAUCUUCCACUCCUGUGAAGCUUUCCAGUAGACAACGACCUGACUUUAUGCUUGAGAAGGGGGAGAUGAUUGACUUCUCAUCCAUGAGUUCUUCAGACAGGAGUCCUACAACAAGCCCAUCUCCUUCUCCAUCCUUGGACUUUUCUGCUCCAGGUACUCCUGCAUCUCAUUCAGCCACCCCAAGUCUACUUUCGGAGGCUGAUCUCAUCCCUGAUGUCAUGCCACCACAAGCUUUGUUUCAUGGUGAGUAAUGCAGUCCAGUGCUUCCCACACCACAACACUUGAGGUAGCUCAUUUAAAAGUAAUUGUAAAAGUAUCUUACAUCCUAAUACAAUCCUCUUGACUUCCAUUCAGCACAAGGUUUAAGUGCGCAACUCAAGGGCAAUACGUCUACCAUUAACAUCAUGAUCAACUUUUUAUAUGGCAUUAGAUUUUUAGCUCACUUUUGCUAACAUUGCCUUUCUGUGACUGGAUUAGAUGGUUUUAUUGGCAGUGUGUAGCUAAUAUAGAUGUGACCAGGCUGUCUUAGGGUGUUUUUGGGUGCUUUUCCUUCCACUUGUAACCAUGCCCCUCGACAAUGACCUGGGAAACUAGAUCUGUAUCCUAGGUCAUAGAGUUACUUGAUGUGUUGGCAUUAUUGUAAUUACUUACGUUUUAAGCUUAAUAUGAGUCUUCCAUCACACAUUCACUUUCUCCAGGUCAGUAUCGAAAGCUGUGGCUACAAGAAGUACCCAAACAUGAGGGUAUUGUGCUACAAGGGACUUACUGUAAAUCAUGCUGAACUGAUUAGAAUAUUGUUAAUAAAGCAAAGAUGCAAAAUUGCAUUAAUGUUGUUUUUGGUUUCCAGUUUAGGGUUGUGUUAUAAUUCAUUCUGGAAGAUUAACUUUACAUUGUCUAAGUUGUGUUUUCGUGAUGUUGCUUUUACACAGACGAUGAGGACAUGGAUGCAGAUGGUGUCAUUGAUCCAGGGAUUGAAUAUAUACCACCUCAGAAUGUGCCACCAGGUGGAGGUACUAUGGGUCGAAAAAAGGUUAAGACAUCUAUGCAGAUAAAACAAGAGAUAGAAAGUGAAGAGGAACGAGCAGAGCGGAUGGAGUGUGAUUUACUUGAUGAGCCUUCUAUCGAAAGAGGACAUGACAAAAGGAGACCUCUUCCUAUUGAGAAAGAGAACCCCAAAAGCACACAGUAUAAAACUUUAAGUCUGUAUGAAGAGAAGUUGCUUUUGAAACGCCUCGAAGCCUGCCCAAAUGCAGUUGCCGUUACUCCUGAAGCCAGGAGACUGAGGCGCAAGCUGCUUGUACGUAAAGCAAAACGUGAACGAGGAAUGCCUCUCUUUGACUUGGAUCAAGCUGUGAAUGCUGCCCUACUCCUCGUAGGUGGGGUGUAUGGAGCAAGAGAAGGAUCUGUCAGUAGACAGCUGUCCUCUGGUCCGGCAUUUCAGACAUCAAGCCAGGACUUGAGGAUCUUGGACAGGUUCCAGGUAAGGGAUCUCCAAGGUAAAAUCAAUACAGUGACAUUAGAAUUAUAUCUGUUUAAUAAAAAAAAUAAAAACUUCAGCCAUUUAGUUCUAGAAUCGUGAGACUUAUAUUUCGACCUCUAAUACCUCAAACACAAAAUUGGAAAUAUCUGCAGUGUUCGUGAUUGCUGCAUGCAUCCCGUUUCCAUUCGUCAAAAAAAAUGCUGUUUUCUUUAGAUGGUGUUCCUACAUUAAUUUUAAGUUGCAUUCCUGAUUAGAUGAUAGAUAUGUUUUGUUAGUUUUGUUAUUUAGAAGGCAUAUUGGGUAUUUUGUUUAGACGAAAUAAUGCAGUAAAACAUUUAGUGCAGUUAAGACACUAUAUGGUAAGAUUUGUUGGCUGUGUUAAGCUCUGUUAUCAUUAGAAAGGAGGGCAUCCAGGUAAGUAAAGAAGGGCAGGGGAUUUAAGGCCCAAAAGAUUACUGUCCCUCCUUAAAGAGGUAUGUUUCUUCUGUUACGUUUUAGCUAGACUUUUUUUUAAUGCAAUCAUAAGCAAGUGAAAUAGACAGUUGUUCACUAAAGUGUGAAUUGCCAGGAUUUCAAAAUAAGUUCUGAGUAAAUCUCUGCAUUUAUGGCAAAAGAACCAAACUGAAAAUGUACUUGUUGAAAUUGUUUGUUUUUUUAAUUAAAUGUUUUUAUUGAGGUGUUUGCAGAAAAGACAGAGUACAUGGCGUUACUAGGAUCAAAUGACAAAUGUAACAUCAGAAAUACUAGUAACAAAUUAUAACUCUGUUUUUGUUCAUCAUGUAGAGACAAUGUGCUUAAUACAAAACAUAAGAAGUGAGAUUGCAUGGUAUGCUCAGGUAGUCAGAAUAAAGACAACAAAAAAGAAUAGACAAAACACAUGCAGGUGAUGUAAAUCAUAAGCCUAAAGUGGCUUGUAUGACUAUGGAGAAAUGUCCCAGUCGGAGGAGGGUUUGAAGGCAGUACAGUCCAUUCACUGAUCCCUGGUCAACCCAUGCCCUUUAAGGGAACACUGCAGUCCUGCAAGAUAAGUAGCCUUUAUGAGGGAGUCCCAGGAAAAGAUGGGCAUGAAUGAUGACUCAGACUGCUGCACUGACAUCUUUGCCAAAUAGUUGUCAGUUGCCCGGUAGUUAUGAGGUCUAAGUUCUCUUCGGCAAGAGUGAUAUCGAUAUAGGCCCCCAAACUUCCCCCAGCCUACGUUGCUGGAGUUUCCUAGGCUUACACCUCAUUGGUUCACUUUGAGUAGGUUCCCCUUCAUAGGGAAUGAUUGAAUCCCUGCAGAUUACAAGAAUCAGAAAGUAGAGGGAUUGACUGCUUCCCUCUCACCAUUCGGGAGAAGGCCACAAGUCUUUCCCAAGCCAGAUUUGUCAAACGUGAUUGGAACCACAGCUGGGUGAAUUCCACUAGAGCCCACAAGGUUGAAAGGUAGCUUCAGUCACGUAAAAUGCAGACAAUAAGUGUCUGAAAAGGCAGAAUUAAUGGCUUUUUCUUUGGAGCUCUUGGGAUAUGCACCUGAUCAGCAUGGAGGUCAGGGUUCGCUCUCUGAAAUUUUCUCUUUUGGCCUAUAAUUUUGCAUUCACUAUGGAUUCCUUACAAUUCACACUUUAGUAAAUAUAGUGCUAUUUCUCUUACCUAUAAUGGCAUGCAUAUCAAAAUUACAAAUCUGGUGUCACAGUCCAAAUUUUAUGGGCUGCACUUUAGUUGGGUCACAUUCCAAUUUAAAAAAAAAAAUUUAAAGGGACAUUCCAUACUGGACGUGGAUUCCUCACAGACGCACAUUUAAAUUUUUUUAUUUUUUUUUUAUUUUUUAUUGUGGGGUUUGUUUUUUUUCGUCAUGGAAAAUAACAAGCAUGUAGCAAUGAGACUUGCAGGUCUCUGUGGUAAUAGCAUAACAAUACAAUAACCAGAAUCCGUACUAACAGCAUGCCUAUCAAGGCCGGAGCCUGUGUUUAUACUGUGUCCACCUUUCCCCUGGAAGCACAGACGCACAUUUUAACACAUUAAUUAUGCAUUAAGAUAGAACUUUUUAAAUCUGAGGCCUUUCCAGAUUUGUGCUUGAGCACUGCCCACACAAACGAGUGGCUCAGCAAUUCAUUCUGUUCAACGGGAGGUGAACAAAUUCUGUAAACAUCUACCAGGAAAAGCUUUAUAGGAUUUGUAGUUCAGCAUUUCAGAGCAAUUUUAUUAAUCACUUAGGAUGAAUGGAACUAAGCUACAACACAGUUGCUAUUGGCUAAUGACAGCCCUGUUCACAGACCACUGUUUAGUCUCUUUCAUAGUGUACAUGUGUUCUUGCUGGAGUCUAGCACACACAGUUUGUAAAAUGUGUUAAUUGAUACUUUGAUACUGCUUGAAAUAGAUUUAUGAAAUCGGGUUAAAAUUCAUUUCCCCGUAGAACACGCUGCCAUCUACAAAGAGCUUUCGGCAGGCAAAUACUCGUUUCUUGUAUCGCCUGGGGGCAUCGGAAGCCAUGGAAGCAGAUCUCAGCAUUGUCAGCCCGUACACUGCUAGGGUCCUGAAGCCCUAUAUAAGGUAAUUCUAUUUAUUGCACUGCCCUAUAUGCUAUUUAAGAAUGAAUGACAAGAUAGUAAUUAGAUGGGAUUGUGCAUUACUUGUGUCAUAAUACUGUUUCAGACAUCUGCUCUUUAGUGCCUAGAAAUAAAUUAGCUUUUCAGAUUGUUGAUCUCCCCUGCUGAAAGAACGUACCUGCCAAUUCUGAACUGAAUGUGCACAUUCUUUUAUUCAGUUUUGUUUGAAUUAUUUAGCUCUGAAAUAUGCCUGUCACGAGUGCAGCCAAAUGUUGGCACUAAACAAAAGUGUGGAGGAUAUAGCGGACUGCCUACAGAAAAAGCAAAAAGUACAAUAGUGUAAUACGGUAAACAAAGAGUUAUAUGCGCCAGAUAAGAAUGCACUCACGAGAUCAAGGAGUGUUAAGUCGCCUUAGAGUGCCUCCCCUUAGAAUGUUUGGGGGAUGGGGGGGUGUAUCAAAGAUUCCUUCUCAGCUUAUGAUGUCAUCACCAGGGAAUGGAAGACUUGACUGAGGGAAUUUCAAGAAAUAUGCUCUACUUUAUUGUGCAAGGAAAAAAAGUGAAAUAAAAUAUAAACUAGGUCCUAUGUGUUUCGUCUUCACAAAAGACUUCCUCAGGGACCAAUAAAACAAAUACAAUUAUACAAACAAUCCUACAAUGAGGAUAAAAGCAGCAUAUGUAUGUAUUAAACAAUAAGUAAUCUUUCUGACUUACUCACUAGUUUCUAUAAGUCUACAUUGUUUUUGGUUUUAUAUGCUAAAUGUUAGCACCAUAUUACUUAAACAGGGAUAUUAAUCUGAAAUGACUACCUGUAUAUUUGCUGUUAGAACUUCAUAAUUCAUAAUUAAUCAUUAUUCCUCUUAUGGAUAUUCUAUCUGUCUGUUUAUCCGAUCUAUGUUAUACAUAUGGAGGACGCGUUACAAAACACUAACUGUAAUUCUCUGCACAUGAGGCAGAUCUUUGCCUUGUUAGAUAUAAAUCUCUCUACGUAGAAACGGAGAUGCAGUAUAGUGUGUAAUCAGUUAUCGCUUCUCUGCAUUUUGGUCAAGUGUAGUAUCUGUUCUUUUCAGUUUCAUAUAGUAUGUAAUCCGUAAUAUGUUGACAUUUCAAAAAUUUACCUAAUUACCAAUUAUAUAAUGCAUUCAUCCCCAGAAUUAAAGUUUGGCACAGUCAUGCCAAACUCUCCUUUCUCCAAUUGUUUCCUCUUCUCUUCCUCUCUUAGAAUCUGUUAUUCUUUUCUUUCUUUCUGAUCUAGUUUUCUUUAAAACAUUAAACAAAGCAAGGAACUACUUUGUCUUAUGUAUUUUUUCUAUGCUCAACCUUUUUUGACCAAAGGAGGAUCUUAAGUUCACUCCAUUUCCUGUGGUCAAAGAAAUUUUUCCACAAUACUCACCACUCCCCUAUGUUCUUGCAUUGCUUCAUUUGCCGUUCGAACGUCCUGUCAUAUACCGUUUUUUCCCCUAAAAUAAGACUGGGUCUUAUAUAAAUUUUUGCCCUGAAAAACGCACUAGGGUUUAUUUUCGUGGAAUGUCUUCAUUUUGGGGGGAAAACGGUAGCAAGCAUGUGCAAGAAUGCAGGUCUACUUUCAGGGGAAUUCCCCGAACAUAGAUCAGUUCACUAGGGCAUGGAAUCCCGUGAAUCUAUGUUCGCGGAUACUUCCCUUAAACAUAGUUAGCUUACUAGCUCAUGGAAUCCUGCGAAUCUCUGUCAAUAGAAAAUUCCCCAAAAAUAAAUUAGCGAACUAGUGACAUUCACAACUAGGGCUUAUUUUGGGUAGGGCUUAUAUAACACGCAUCCACCGAAAAUAAACCAGGACUUAUUUACAUGGUGUGUUCAAUAAAAACAUGGCAACAUUUCAUUCUUUGUGUGUUAUUAGUUUAAGCAGACUGUGAUUGUCUAUUGUUGUGUCUUAGAUGAUGAUCAGAUCACAUUUUAUGACCAAUUUGUGCAGAAAUCCAUAUCAUUCCAAAGGGUUCACAUACUUUUUCUUGCAACUGUACAUUGUGAACAAGAUUUCAUUACAACAAGGCCCGACAUCAAUUCAUUACAACAGGGCUCGACGAAUCCUAGGCGCCAAGUCGCCAUGGGGACUAAAUAGAGCGCAUGCAUGCCAAAAUGCCACAAUCAUCCAAUCAUAUGCUGUUAUCAGCAUGCCCAGAGUUUUACUCUGUCUGGAAGAGGAAGAGCCUCAAGUUGAUGUCAGGAAGGCAGCCACUAGAGGUGAAUUUAACCUUGCAAUGUAAACAAUGAAGUUACUAGAAAAACUAUUACCGGACCCCUGCACCCAGACCACUUCAUUGAGUUGAAGUGUUCUAUGUCACUAUAAUGUUCGAGGCCAGUGUUAGCAAAUCAACUCUAUCUAGAGAAGAGGACAAGUGCUGUCCCUGGUAUUUAUUUAUAAAGCGCCAACAGAUUCCGCAGCGCUGUACAAUUUGUGGAGAACGUACAGUAUACACAGACAAAUACAAGAGGUAGAGAGAGCUCUGCUCGUAAGCUGGUAUCUAGCCAUUGGAGCUCUUUUAUACAAAGUGCUUGGCUAGAUGGCCCGUGAGCUUACAAUCUAAAGUAUACCAUGGGGAUUUGAGACAAGAGGUAGCAGGGGAGGUUUGGAGGUGAUGGCUAAAAGCGUUAACAGAGAAGCAGCCAUUGGUAAAAUAGGAAGGGAAUGAAGAGGUAAUUGAGUGAGAAUCUCAAACAGCUGGAGGGGGGAGGGGGGGGAGUAGCCAUGUGUUAUAGACUAUUGAAAAGUCUAGCAACCAAAUUCUAUCACCCAAAAUAUUGAUAACUCAGAAACAUUUAAUGACAAUAGUACAAACUGCAUGCACAGAAAAUUACAGUGGCAAACUACAGGUAGAAAUGGUAAAAAAAUCUAUAGUAACACAUGAGAAUAUGGUAGCAAUCCAGGAAUAAAUGAGGUGGAGUAUCUUCCAAGAUUCAGUCAGUACCUGAGAGAUGUAGGUGUUUCAGCAGGAUGUUAAAUGCAGUUCUUCACUGAGUUUGAGUGUGAAGUGAGGCCUGACUCUCUUCACCUAUAAGAUCUUCACUAGCAGUUAUCACCGUGGUUUUCUUACCUCUUGUGGUUUCCCUUAAACACUUCUAUUCAAGAACCUCCAGCCUUAAUCUAUAGAAAUAGCCUUCAUCUAUAGCAGUGGUUCCCAAACUUUUUAGGUUCAAGGUGCCCUUAAUAUUUCAAUAUUUUUCCAAGGCACCUCAAGUCAAAAUUUCUAGGUUGUAUAUCCGUACAGCGAUGCGGCAUUUACUGGCGCUAUAGUGUAAUGUACAUUGUUGGUGUUUGAAGAGGUGCUUGUAUAUAGUUUGUGUUUUAAUAUAGGAGUGUUUGUAUGUAAUGUUUGCGUUUGAAUGUAAUGUUCACUUUUAAAUGCGGGUGUAUGUUUGUGUGAAGUAUUUGUUUGAGUGAAGGGGUGUGUUUCUAUGUAAUAUUGUGUUUGUAUGUUGUGCUGAUGUAUGCACAUACAUACAUACAAAUUCAUAUACAUUGACACACGCAUACACCGACAUAUACAGACACACGCAUCCUGACACACACAAACAUUGAUACAUGCACACACUAACAUAAAAACACACAAUGACACAUAGAUGCACAUACACACACAUAUCCUGACACACAGAUGUGUGCGCAAACAGACACACACUGACAUAGAAGCACACUGACGUACACACAUAUAUACACACACAUGCACAACCUGACACACACAGAUGCACACAAUCAAUCAUACAUACACACACUCAUACAUACAUUCACACACACACACACACACUCAUACACAAGUGUUUAAAACCUAGAUGGUAAUACAAUCUCACCAUUGUACAACAGGCAUUAAAGGUAGUGUAUAUUUAUGUUUGACUGGUAUAUCAAGUUUAUAGGGAGGAUUUCCUUGUUUGUAUCUCCUAUUAAGUGCUAUUUCAUGAUGUUUAAAUAUACUGAAUAUUGACAUAUAUUGCUACACACCACUAGAGCAUGCAUGCAUUAUAUGACCAUACUUAAUGCUAACCAGACUUAAUAAUGUGAGUACUUCUAAUUUACUAUUAACAUGGCAAUGCACAAAACCAACAGUUCAUUAAACAAUAUAAUUUUUAAUAUCUCCAGCCACCCUCAUGUUAGCUUACCUUGUGUGUCCAUGAGGGUGGCUUGGAGUCCUGCUGCUGGUGGGAGUGAGAGGUCUGGAGCACUUUCUGCUUCUCUCCCCUCAGGUUGCUGCUGCCUCCUCCUGUGCUGUCUCCCUGCAGGAUGCUGGGAGGAAGUGACAGGCUUUCACUUCCUCCCAGCCUGCCGACAGAGGUACACGGUCGCGAUCUUAAAGGACCGCGGCACCCGACAGAGUCCCUGUUCAGCAGCAAUGUUUCCCCGGUGCUAUAAUCAUAGCACCUGGGAAACAUUCCGCGGCACCCCUGUGUGCAUGUCGGCGCCACGGCACACAGUUUGGGAACUGCUGAUCUAUAGGAAUAUUAAUGUGACAUUAAGGGAUUAUAAUACAGGAAUUAGAAAAAUUAUAUACUAUAUUUUUGCCAACUAUUUAAAAAGAUUUAUCAAAUUUUAUAGAAUCAAACAAUCAUCAUUGACACCUUUUGCAUGCCUAUUAUUCUGCUUCUAAGGAAAAUGAUGUGUUCCUUAUUUUGGUAUUUGAAACUUCUUGUAGGGAUGGGGCCUCCAUUUUCAAUUAACCUGCCACCAAUCUUGUCUAGCUGCUAAAGAAAUCAGGUUCAAUAGUUUUUGAGUGUGCUUUGGCAUUCUGUUAACUGGGUGAGAAAGUAGAAACACCCAGGGGAAAAAGUUCAACAGACCUCUGAAGGACCCCUGCUGCUAAGCUUCAAAACCCUUCCAAAACCCAUGCAAUUUAGGACAGUCCCACCACAUAUGGAGGUACGUCCAUUUAUGGCCACAUAAGCACCAACAGAGGUUUGUCGGAUGCCUUCCAAUCCUGGGUUAGAAAACCGGUGUAACAUGCCACUGAAAAAUUUAUUAGAUGCAGCCUCCCAUAGUUCCUCCCAAUCCCGCCCUCUGGGAUUUUGCCCAAAUUUGCCUCCCAUUGGUCCUCAAAUAGAGGGUUCUGCACAUAAAUGUGUGUGAAGAAGAGAAAUCAGCUCUUUUAAAAAAACCUCUUCAUUGCAGAGAUGCUCAAAUGUCAAAGGCGAGAACAUUGUUGCCUCCUUAAUGCCUGUUGAGUAAGCAAAAUGUUGUGUUUGGAGAUAACAAAUAAAGUCAGUCGUAUUUAAUGAAGUUUCUGAUUUAAUUUGUUUAAAACUUACGAUUGAAACUCUCUGCCACACUUGGUGAUAUCUCUGAAUUCCCGUGAUUUCCAGAUUCCUAAAAUAGUGCAGUCAUGAAAAAGGGUUUUGUGAAUGAAGUUUAUGUUAAACAAAAUAAAUAAAUUUAAAAAAUUAGGGAAAAAACACAUCCCUAACUUUUUAGUAUAUGACCGGAUCCUUCAGCCAACUAUACAGGGAGUGCAGAAUUAUUAGGCAAGUUGUAUUUUUGAGGAUUAAUUUUAUUAUUGAACAACAACCAUGUUCUCAAUGAACCCAAAAAACUCAUUAAUAUCAAAGCUGAAUAUUUUUAGAAGUAGUUUUUAGUUUGUUUUUAGUUUUAGCUAUGUUAGGGGGAUAUCUGUGUGUGCAGGUGACUAUUACUGUGCAUAAUUAUUAGGCAACUUAACAAAAAACAAAUAUAUACCCAUUUCAAUUAUUUAUUAUUACCAGUGAAACCAAUAUAACAUCUCAACAUUCACAAAUAUACAUUUCUGACAUUCAAAAACAAAACAAAAACAAAUCAGUGACCAAUAUAGCCACCUUUCUUUGCAAGGACACUCAAAAGCCUGCCAUCCAUGGAUUCUGUCAGUGUUUUGAUCUGUUCACCAUCAACAUUGCGUGCAGCAGCAACCACAACCUCCCAGACACUGUUCAGAGAGGUGUACUGUUUUCCCUCCUUGUAAAUCUCACAUUUGAUGAUGGACCACAGGUUCUCAAUGGGGUUCAGAUCAGGUGAACAAGGAGGCCAUGUCAUUAGAUUUUCUUCUUUUAUACCCUUUCUUGCCAGCCACGCUGUGGAGUACUUGGACGCGUGUGAUGGAGCAUUGUCCUGCAUGAAAAUCAUGUUUUUCUUGAAGGAUGCAGACUUCUUCCUGUACCACUGCUUGAAGAAGGUGUCUUCCAGGAACUGGCAGUAGGACUGGGAGUUGAGCUUGACUCCAUCCUCAACCCGAAAAGGCCCCACAAGCUCAUCUUUGAUGAUACCAGCCCAAACCAGUACUCCACCUCCACCUUGCUGGCAUCUGAGUCGGACUGGAGCUCUCUGCCCUUUACCAAUCCAGCCACGGGCCCAUCCAUCUGGCCCAUCAAGACUCACUCUCAUUUCAUCAGUCCAUAAAACCUUAGAAAAAUCAGUCUUGAGAUAUUUCUUGGCCCAGUCUUGACGUUUCAGCUUGUGUGUCUUGUUCAGUGGUGGUCGUCUUUCAGCCUUUCUUACCUUGGCCAUGUCUCUGAGUAUUGCACACCUUGUGCUUUUGGGCACUCCAGUGAUGUUGCAGCUCUGAAAUAUGGCCAAACUGGUGGCAAGUGGCAUCGUGGCAGCUGCACGCUUGACUUUUCUCAGUUCAUGGGCAGUUAUUUUGCGCCUUGGUUUUUCCACACGCUUCUUGCGACCCUGUUGACUAAUUUGAAUGAAACGCUUGAUUGUUCGAUGAUCACGCUUCAGAAGCUUUGCAAUUUUAAGAGUGCUGCAUCCCUCUGCAAGAUAUCUCACUAUUUUUGACUUUUCUGAGCCUGUCAAGUCCUUCUUUUGACCCAUUUUGCCAAAGGAAAGGAAGUUGCCUAAUAAUUAUGCACACCUGAUAUAGGGUGUUGAUGUCAUUAGACCACACCCCUUCUCAUUACAGAGAUGCACAUCACCUAAUAUGCUUAAUUGGUAGUAGGCUUUCGAGCCUAUACAGCUUGGAGUAAGACAACAUGCAUAAAGAGGAUGAUGUGGUCAAAAUACUCAUUUUCCUAAUAAUUCUGCACUCCCUGUAUGCACCUUGUAUCAGUCAGAGAUUGAAAACAGUCAGUCUCUAUUGUCUUCCCUUCCAGCACAGAAACAGGAAAGACUAUAGAGACUAACAGUCCUAAAAUUGGCAACUUUACAAGUGAAUAAAUGCAAAUAGCUAGUUAGAAUGUGUUCUUCUGUGAAUUCUGUUUGCAUAUUCAAGUUCUUAUGUAAAUGUUUUAUUUUUCUACCAGACGUGAUUAUGAGACCAAAUCUACGAGGAUGCAGCUCUUAACAGAGAUCCUUGCCUACCCUCAUCUAGACGAUCCCAAGUGGAAGCCAGCGCCAGAAUCUCCCAUUGAUUACUGCUAUGUUCGUCCAAGCCACAUCCCCACGAUUAACUGCUUGUGUCAGGAAUUCUUCUGGCCAGGUAGGAUAUUGAUGGGACUGAUUGUGAGGUGUCUGGCAGAUUUCACACUGCAUAAUAUAUGGCAGACUUUAAAUGAUGCUUUACUGAACCACCAGGUAUGCAGGACAAGUGGAAGAGAUCUGAAAGAUUCAACAUCUUGGUAUCUGGAAUUUCCAGCUUCAUGAAAACACUAUUCUUGAUUCAGGACAGACACGUCUGAAACCCUUGGUGCUACUCCACCACUUACGGUAGUUCAUCUUGGGUCUAACAGAUUUUCAUGAUAUUUUUGUAUUCUAGGCAUCGAUCUCUCGGAAUGUUUGCAGUAUCCAGAUUUCAGCGUGGUGGUGCUCUAUAAAAAAGUCAUAGUGGCUUUUGGCUUCAUGGUUCCUGAUGUUAAGUACAAUGAGGCCUACAUCUCAUUUCUGUUUGUUCAUCCAGAAUGGAGGAGAGCAGGCAUUGCAACAUUUAUGAUAUACCACUUAAUUCAGGUAAUUGGCAAGUGCAUUAGGUACCGGUUUUCUCUCUCUUUCUUUCAUUUAAAUAACCAUAUUGUACUACAGAAUAAGACAAAAUCUGGGCUUGGUAUGGUCUUUACAGGCACUUCUGUGUUUCUCUACUUGAGUUGGGUUUAGUUGUUUUAGCAUGUAUAGAAAUUAUAAAGGAUACUAGAUCCAAAAAUUGCAGGUCCUCAAAUUAGCACAAGAAAAUGAUCUUCAACUCUAUACUAUGACCCAAAGGGCCAAGAUAUCUAUGAAUAGGUAUAAAGGAGAGCCUGCAUACUCUGGUGACCGCUUCUUUGCAAGCAAGAUGAACAGUGAUUUUACAAACAGUCUCAUUUUAUUCACAGAGCAGUAUAUAGGGGACAGUAUUUAGCUUAAUAAUAAUGGAAUGGAAGGGGAAGAAAAAUAAGAUUAGUUUUUGAAUGAGUAUAUACCAAAGAGAUAAAUGUGUAAUAAGAACAAUAAUCAAAUUUAUUUGCUUCUGAUUUAAGUAAUUAGGAAUUAAGUACAAGCAAUAAUUCUUAGAAUCAAAUGAGGUAAUUUUACACACAGAUUUUGCCUAUCCCACAUAGAUGAAUCUGCUGGAAACAAACUUUUUAUUUUUGUAAAGGAAAAUAAAACCCUGUGUUAUAACUGUAUUUUGCUAAAAAGGAAGUCAUUUAACCCAUGUAUAUCAGUUAAUAGAGACUGCGAAAUAGCAACCUUUGAAGACAGGCAGUUUAAAUAUCAAAUCGUGGCAAGGUCUACAACUUAUUGGUAGAAUAUAACCCCCCCCCAUAAACUAAAUCCUGGUGCUGCUAUCUUUAUUCUCCUUUAACAAACUAACUUAUUAAAAUUAUUUUAAUUUAAAUGAUUAUUAGUUUAAUUUAGAUGAUUAGAAUUAUUUUAAUUUGGGUGAUUCUGUUGGUUUGUAAACAAACCAAGUCUUCAGAAUCAAUUUGUUUGACAAUUGCCAGGAAUGUUAUUGUGACCAAUUGCUUAAAACUAAUUUAUGCAUAUGUCUAAUCUCAAGUAUCCCAUUCUUCAACAGUAUAGAAUAGUUUUGUCAGAUGGAAAAAACAAAACAAUCUACACUAUAGUUUAUAGGUACACUAUAGCUAUUAUGGUGACACCCUUCUAUUCAAUGUUAAACCAUUUUUGAGCAACUUAAAGGAACAAUAGUGUUAGGAGUACAAAGCCACUAGAGGCAAUUUUAACUCUGCACAGAGACUCUGCACUCAGACCACUUCAAUUAGAUAAAGUGGUCUGGGUGUGCAUUGUGUACCUUUAACACUGAAUGAGGGUCCAUGGACUUCCGCAGACAAGUCCUCACUGGAGGUAUGGCUAAGGAAGUAUUUACAUCUUCUAUCCUAACAAUUCAUACCAGCAAUGGGUGGCUUACACUCGAGCCCGAGCAGCACAAAGGAUAUUUGAUGCUGGGGACCCUUGCUUAGCAUUAAACCAUUAAAAUCGGUUAAACACUGAAUGGAAGGUCAGUGGCAGGGGGCUCCAGACACUAUAACCACUUCAAUGAGAUAAGGCAGUUAUUUUGCCUACAUUGUACCUUUAAUAUCAACUGCAUUGCAAUUGACAAACACCACCACUAAUUGUUUAAUAUUGAUUAUGGUUUAAUUGAGCUUACUAAAAAGAUAUGUACAGUUUAUAACAAAUACACAAAAAAAGGAACCAUCAUACCUCAUUAAACCUGUGUAUUUAAAGGAACACUAUAGGGUCAGCAACACAAACCUGUAUUCCUGAUGAUAUAGUGUUAAAAACACCAUCUGGCCCCCCUUGCCUCCCUAAAUGUAGCAAAAUCGUACUUUUAUUGCAGUCUGCUGCUGGCGACUCUGCCCCUGAUCUGCCUGGUUGGCUGGCAUCAUCCUAAGUGGUGUUCUGAGCCAAUCACAAUGCUUUCACAUAGGAAAGCAUUAGAUUUGUUAAGACUGUCAAGAAGGCAAAGCCAGCACAAGCACCGCUCUGGCCAAUCAGCAUCUCCUCAUAGAGAUGCGUUGAAUCAAUGCAAGGUCUACGCAUUGCCCCAGGAAGCACCUCAAGUAGCCAUCUGAGGAGUGGCCAGUGGAGGUAUCCCCAGGCUAGAAUGUAAACACAGCAUUUUCUCUGAAAAAAACUGUGUUUACAGCAAAAAGCCUGAAGGGAAUGAUUCUACUCACCAGAACAACUACAGUAAGCUGCAGUUGUUCGGGUGACUAGUGUCCCUUUAAAUUAUUACUAGAUCACCCCAUAAUGAAAAUAUUGAAAACGCCUGAACAUUCUGAUUGCAUUUUCGAAUUAUUUUUUUUGCACACAAGUUUACAAAUUCCACACCUACGGCUUCUGCCUCAGGGCACUCUCCAUACAGCUACAGAAUGUACACUUAAUAUAUAUUUGUUCAUUCUUAUUUCCUCCUGGCAGACCUGCAUGGGAAAAGAUGUCACCCUGCAUGUUUCUGCCAAUAACCCGGCCAUGCUGCUUUAUCAGAAGUUUGGGUUUAAGACUGAAGAGUAUGUCCUGGACUUUUAUGACAAAUACUAUCCGGUGGACAGCAAGGAGUGCAAGCACGCUUUCUUCCUCAGACUCCGGAGAUGAUAUGGACUGAUGGCUUUUUAGAUAUGCUUCCUACUAUUAGGUUGGGAGUUACAAACAAUUUGAAUAGUGAAUUCCAAGAUAUCUUUGGAAAGCUGUUCCACCCUCAACAUUGUAAAACACGGGACAUCUUGGUAAAUGUAUAUAGCCAAGCCACCUGUUUUGAAAGUCCACUACAUUUGAGAAACUUUUUGUGAUGCAGACCAAUUUGUCAUGUAAAUUCAUGUGUAGCUGUCUGACUGUUAAACCAGCAAAUAAAUCAUUUGAACGUUACACUCCAUUUUUUUAUUUAUUUUUCAAGGAAACCAUGAGACGAGUCAUAAUUUCCUUACCACCAGAAGCUGUGAAUUAUGGGAGUUAAAUUAAAUAAAGCACUGUAAGAACUUGCAUACUUUGUGGUGCAAAGCGGUCCCCUGCCCAUUUUCGUUUUGCAUUCAUAAUUUUUUUUUUCUCCUUUCAAAAAUCACUAAAGCUAUAAUAAGCCCAUUUUCAUACCGAAAUAUGUCACAUGGGGAUGCUAUGGCCCGUACAGGUACUUGGAAGCUGUAUUACAGUAGAAAGCAGAUAACCGAAAAAUAAAACUCCAAAAACCUCUGCAGUGUAAUAAAGAAUAUGUGCAACAAUGCCAUAAAAGUUAUAAUAUAUAAUGGUCGUCACAGUCACUUCCUGGUCUAGACAUAAACCUCAAAUGUUUUUAUUAUUUUGUAAUGUUUUUGCAUAUAUUGUUAAUGUAUAAAAAUGUGUUCUCUGUUGCCUGAUCGCUGAUCCUUUUAAAGUACCCCUGAAGGACCGUGGGAGUGAUGUUAUAAUGUAUAACAAUAUUAGCUUAGCUGAUGAAAAAAGACCUUCCAACCCACACUAUAUGUUAAUUCUUUACCUGGGAUAGAGGAAUUAUCCUAUACAGAAAGGGCAGUAUUAUACAACCUAUAAUAAUCGAACUGUUGGGAGAUGAGAGAGUGGUAGACUUCUGUGGCAGGGGUGUAAAUGUUUCUUUAUCUGCAAGUGAAACUCCUAUCAACUUUAGACAGACCAUAAGCAUGAUGGUUGCUUCUGGAUCAGCCUGAAUGUAUUCUGUUGUCUCUUGCUCUUUCACCAAACGUGGAUACUUAGUGAUCAAGAAAAAGCUGUAAGAUGAAUUAACAUGGGAUAUAACCUCUUCACUAGCUGUUAGAGAUAAGGACAGCGGAGGGGGGGAGGGGGGCGCAGAAGUAUUUAUAGGCAUAAAUGUUCAUUCGGAUUUGUAGAGGAAAAAAUGGUUAGGAUUGUUCUUGUAGUGUGACAAUCGAUAGUUGGACUGAAAAUGUACAGGAAUAUCAGCAGAGCAGAGGAAAUCACUAUGUUACAGUUGAGAAUAAGUCUAAUAGGAAUAAAUAAAUAAAACACUGGGAAGGGUUGAGGUUUUGAGCCGUAGACCUGGUGUGGAGAAGAUGGAAUUAAAAUUCAGAAAAGUUAAAAUCGGGAGGGAGUGUAGACCGUGGCAGUGAUUCCCACCCAAUGUGAUACAGUCCUGCCUGAGACUAGCAUGCUGAAUUCUUAUAUGGUAGGGGGAAAUUGUGAGGCAGGAGAAAGGUCAGCUGAGAUAUGGAAUACAACAUUGAGUAGGGAUGUACAUCUCAG